CCUUUCUAGGCCUCAUUCACCAUCCGCAGCCUGCUUUCCCUCGAUCCGAGAAGGUUGGAUCUGGUGCUAAUCCGGUGGUGGACUGGUUCCGCCUGCCUGUCACGACGACUACCCACACGACCUUUGCAUUUAUUAUCCGCCCGACUGUUCUUGAGUUGUCUCUUCUGUCUUUCUCACACUCUUGUUUGGCCAGUCUGCCACUGCACCACCGCACUCUUUGAUCUAGUGGACUCUUCUUGCGUGGAAUUUCAACAAUCUACUGUCUUCACCGCCAUCUUCUAUUGGUUUGAUCAACUACUCAACUGUUUGCAGAGCCCUUCCUUGUACUUCGAACACUGCUGCUGCCGCGGCUAUACAGCUCUGUCACAAUCAUCACCGGACAAUCCCUGCCAGCACCAAGGCAACGUGCUACGAUGAACACGGAGGGCAAUCCAAUUCUGGGCCGGGGUGAUUCCCUGCAAGGAUUUACCGCUGCUUCGAGCCGGAAGAAUGUAUCAGCUCUGUCCACUUCGAAGCUUGCCAACCAAGCACCGCCAAAAAAGCAGGGCUCCGAUAUGUCCACCGAGACGGAGUCUUACCCCGUGGACAAGCUGCUGGCCAAGCUUUCCGAGCAGAAUGCAAACAUCCCCCGGCAAAGCGAGACACUGAAGAGGGGAGAAAACGAGCGUGCUGCCGCCGCUCAACAUUACUCAAGCAACUCUCUUCAUGUUACACCUGCAACUGAAGAGUUUCCAUUGAAUGCUCCUUCUGCUCGACCUGCCAGUGCAGACGCAGAGGAUAAUCGUGCUGAGGCGGAUGAGCUCAUGCGCCUCAAGCUUCAGUUGGCCCAGGCUCACAACCAAAUUUCGCACUUGGAGCAGGCCACAAGCCGAGCAGUACAGCCAGAUCAGGGCCCUUCUAACACUGAGCAAUUCCCGAAGAUGGACUCUCCUCGUGAUGCAUUGUGGGGUCAAACAGAAGACGGCCAGUCUGACAAUAGUGACAUCCACUCUGGCAACACGUUCAGUCGUGCUCGCGGCUUCUGGAACACUUCGCAAGGGACAUUUGCUGGAUUUCAUGCCCAGGCUCCUGUUGCUGAACAUGCUGCCGGAGGAUGGCUCGGCGGCCGAGGCUUCAAUCAUGGCCUCGCAGAAUCCACUGCUCCGGUGUUCAAUACUGUCCAUGAACAGCGCUCUGAUCGUCCGGUACCGGACACUGAAUAUCUCAUGCGAGGUAUUCGACGUCCUGCUCGAUUCGACCACAGCCGCACGACCUCACCCCAGUAUGGUGGCCCUUUCAACUUGUACAACCCACCGGCUGGCCAGUACGAAGGAAUGCUUCAUGCUGGAGUCUCGCCCAAUCAGAUUGCAGGUGGAACUAUGCAAGGUCACUUGGGACUGGGCUCUGCGUCCGCGGGGAUGUACACUCACGCGCAGCAGCCCUUCGACCAGCCAUUGUCACCAUACGCAUCCGAAUUCACAUCAAAGACGCCUUGGAAGACUGAGACAAUGUCGACCGAGGGCCCCAUGUACUUGCCGACAACUGAGCCGUUGAAUUAUCGCCGUUUGUUGGACCGAAACGUCAACUGUAAUUGGAAGUACAUUGUCGACAAGAUUGUGUGCAACAAUGACCAGCAGGCCUCGAUCUUCCUUCAGCAGAAGCUCAAAGUGGGAACGCCGGAGCAGAAGUAUGAGAUUGUGGAGGCCAUUGUCGCCCAAGCUUACCCCUUGAUGGUGAAUCGGUUCGGCAACUUCCUCGUACAGCGUUGUUUUGAGCAUGGCACGCCGGAACAAGUCAUCAAGAUUGCGGAGGCUAUCCGAGGCAACACUCUGAGCCUGUCCAUGGAUCCCUUUGGAUGCCAUGUCGUGCAGAAAGCCUUCGACUCGGUGCCCGAAGACUACAAGGCUAUCAUGGUACAUGAGCUCCUUCGACGUAUUCCCGAGACUGUCAUUCACCGCUACGCCUGCCAUGUUUGGCAGAAGCUCUUUGAACUGCGUUGGACAGAAACGCCUCCUCAAAUCAUGAAGUAUGUCAACGAAGCCCUUCGUGGUAUGUGGCAUGAGGUUGCCCUGGGUGAGACAGGCAGCUUGGUUGUCCAGAACAUAUUCGAGAAUUGUCUUGAGGAUGACAAGCGUCCAUGCAUUGAAGAAGUCCUCGCGAACAUCGACAUUGUUGCCCACGGCCAAUUCGGCAACUGGUGCAUUCAACACGUCUGUGAGCAUGGCGCUCCUCCCGACCGCAGUCGGGCGAUUGAUCAUGUCAUCCGCUACGCAGCCGAGUACAGCACGGAUCAAUUCGCAUCCAAGGUAGUAGAGAAGUGCCUCAAGAUCGGAGGAGCGGAAUUCCUCGGCCGCUACCUUGAUCGUGUCUGCGAAGGUCGCCGUGACCGCACUCGGAUUCCUCUCAUUGACAUUGCCAGCGACCAAUACGGCAAUUACCUGGUGCAAUGGAUCCUCAACAAUGCAUCAUCUCAGCACCGAGAAGUCGUGGCAGCUCACAUUCGCAAGCACAUGGUCUCACUCCGCGGCUCAAAGUUCGGCUCUCGCGUUGGCAUGCUCUGCACGAACCACGCUGUCACAACUCGGCCUGGACCUGGCGUCGGUCCCGGUAUGGGAGGUGGGCGCAUGCGACCUGUGGCUCGCUUUGGGGGCAGCAGUGCUUAUCGCUAGUCAAACCUGAGAUGCCCGCCGAUUCAUCAUGUCGACGAGCUCAAGCUUUGUCGCUCUUAUCCUUAUCCGUUGAUUCAGACCAGCAGACUGGAAUCUGUCGAUCCUCUCCCACGACAAUAUCUUCUGGUAACAGGUAAUUUACAGAUCGCACGUCAUGCUACGCUUGGUCGGCCACAGCUUGGCUGGGCGCAUUGGACACAUCAUGAUUACGAAUUUUGCAAUAUGGAGGAGCUUGCAGCACCUAAUCAAGGAUCGAGUCUCCCCGUUCUUAGAGAAAUAGUCCG